GUCUCGUCUGCCAGUGUCUGGGCGUGCCUGUCUCUGCUGCACCUGUCUCUGCCUGGCUCCUUCCUGCUCCUCCACAAGCCCACAGCCUAGCCCGAUUUUGCAGCCAGGCACACAGAAGACACUAACUAACUUUCCGACUUACUUACUCGGUACUGACUGACUGACUGACUUGCUUGCCUGCCUUGUGUCACUGGUCGGCUGCCGAGGUCGGUCCCAUCCGACCACAGACCAUAGACCAGAGAGACCACAGACCGCACCGCACUGCACUGCACUGCAGUUCAAGCAAGCAAGCCAAUUGAUCCAACUGCCUUUACUCACACACCCUACCCUCUCUCACACUUUCACCCUUACCAUUACCCUUUAUCUUUUAUCCGUCUCCCGCCUCCCGCCUCCCCGUCAACCCUUUGCUUGCUUGCUGUUUCGGCCGGACGAUUGCUGCGGAUGAAUGCCAGCCCUGCUUGCGCAUCGCCAUGAGACGGAGAUGAGAUCGCCAGGGGGAUACCAACACUCGGGCACGACGUGCUGCAGCCACUAGCAGCAGCACCAGUAGUACCAGCUUGCGAUGCCUCCCAAGCGCAAAACAACCGCUGAGGCCGACAACCCCCCCUCGGCCACCGCCAGCCCCGCCAACUCAAACACGGCCUCGGCCCGCGACGCGCCUCUCAAGCGCCAGCGUGUCUCCAGGGCCUGCGACCAGUGCCGUGCCGCACGCGAGAAGUGCGAUGGCAUCCAGCCCUUGUGCUUCCCCUGCGUCUCGCAGAACCGCGCCUGUACCUACGAGGCCAACCCCAAGAAGAGGGGCGUCCAGACCGGCUACAUAAAGACCCUCGAGGUCGCCCUGGCAUGGCUCUUCGACAAGGUCCCCGGCUGUGAGGACUCCCUCGAGAACCUGCUGAUGCACGAGGGCGGCCAGGGCCAGAGCCUGCUCGUCGGUAAGGACUCGGAAAAGUCAAACCGCCUGCACAAGAGGUGGAGGAGGAGCAAGGUCCACAGGGGUAUCGACCAUAUCCUAUCCGGCGGCGGCGGCGGUCCCGGCGGCGGUCCCGGCCCUUCUCAGCAACCUGACGAGCCCGAGGACCCUGACAGCGACACGGAGCACGCCCAAAAGGCUUCCAUCAUCGUCCGCGGCCACACUCCCCCGAGCGCCGGCCUUGACCCGCCUCCAACGCGCAUCGACGGCCAGGCUGUACCAGAACCCUCCGGGACCCUGUUGCUUCCACCCAACCACUGGAGACUCCUCGACAUCUAUUUCAGCUAUACCCAUUGCUGGUUUCCUAUCCUUGAGAAACAAGACCUGCUAAAGACCGUAUACCUAUACUCCCCAGAGGGUAUUGACGUCCAGCGCAACACUCCCAACUCCGCCGCCCAUGCCGAGCUGUGGGCCGCCAUGGCUCUGGCCUCUUACCAGAACCUGUCGAGUGCGAAGCUCAAUGCCAACAACCAACCUCCCGACGCCGGGCACUCUCCCGACAAACUCUACAACAUUGCGCGGACCCUCGUACCUUCCGAAGAGGGUCGGUUUGAGAUCCAGCACGCAAGGGCGUUGCUGCUUCUGGCCCUGAUUAGUGUUGGCAAAGGCCAAAAGACGUGCGCCUGGAUCCUGGUCGGCCUCGCCCACCGCAUCGCCCUCGAUGUCUCGGACCUCCAUCUGGGCGAUGAGCGGUUCUCGAGGCGGGUCACAGCAACACUUAUGGGGUGCUACAUCCUUGACACCCUUAUUUUCGUCCAUCGAAGAGGCAUGCCGAGCCUUGAAACAGCAGGCAUACUCGAAGGAAUGAGUAUACCAGAGGACAAUUUGGACGAAUGGCAACCUUGGGCACCCUGUGAUGGCUUCGGCCAGGGCUUUUCUGGCCCGGCCACCCUGUCACGGAGCCCGGCCUACUCAUUGACUACCUUUAACCAGCUCUACGACGUUUUCAAGUUCCUAAGAAAACGGUCGGUCCACAGGCAGAACGGCCGCCCACUGGAAAACCCCUCCGAAGUAAUGAUGCUCUUGCACCAGACCAUAAAACCACGCCUGCCCUUUGGCAAUUUCAUAGUGGCCCGGGAUUCGAGCUCCGCCACCAUACCAUCUGCUUACGUUCUGAGGGUCUUGUUCUUAUGGGUCAGCGCGCUGCUCAAUUCGGCAGAAUCGCCCUGCGCCCUCAUUCUGGAAUCCAUCGAGCAAUAUCUGGCCCAGUUCGGCCCUUGCGGCGCCCCGCCGUUCUUCGCAACCUGCUUAGCCAUGUUGGGCCAGCACAGGAGCUUCGCCGACCUCGACUCGCAGGCCAGGGAGAGGUGGCAGUCCAUCAAAGUCAUGCUCAUCAUGAUCUGGAGCCCCGCUGGUCCCGCUGGAAACAGGCUUUCCAGCGAGCCCCGUCCAGGCUCUGCAAUCUCAAAUCCUGCGGGUGCAUCGAAUGCAUCUAUGGCCUCGUCCUCGAUCAACACAUCCAAGAAUCUGCCAGCGGUCACAACCGCAGGUUUUGUACCAGCCAACCGCCUCCAGACGCCGACAUUGGCUUCCAAACACCGACCAAGCACAUCGUCUUUCAUGAUGGGCCAGUUCUCCCCAUCUACACAACCCGGCCUCAACCCAGCGGGCAGCCCACAGGUGGGCAACGCGAACAUGAACGCAAUGGACACCAAUACCAUCAUGCACGGCGGCCACGGGCCGCGAAAUAUGGGCCAGCAGCCCCAUCAAACUCCAGGCGCCGCGCACCGCGGCAGCUUCGGCGGCGGCUCACUAGACUACGACGCCAUCCUGGACGACCUGUCGUCCAUGGACUAUAUAGACCGCGUCGACGCGGACCCUCAGUUCAUGGCCAACCUGGGGUUCGCCCCGGGCUGUGAUAUUUCCGAGAUAUUGAAUCGGGAGUUUGGGGCGAUAUGAACAUACCUAACAUACAGAGACGCGACGCGACGUGACGGUUUGAACGGCCUGUACUUUCCCGGGUCACCGACCCGUUGUUUAUAUAUGUUCUACUAACUUGCAUCUUCUUUUGCCAUUCCAUAACACAUCUAAAGUUGUUUCGCUUCUAUUCCGUAUACGUCCGAGGACAUACAUGGCGCCUUCAUACGGUGGUAAGCGCUCAAGAGUACAUGGUUUACGUAAGGAGAAAUGGGAGACUUUGACGAAUCGCGCAAAAUAUUGCCUAUCAAGUGAGUUGCAGUGGUAAUUAUCUUACAACUUCUGUCAAGCUCAUGGGCCGUCUUUGUCCCACCGGAUGUUCAAGUGGCCACCGUCUCCCUUCCCUAGGCGGUCUUCUUGGCCACUUCAAAGAAAUUUCUUUAGCAUCCAGUAGUGAUGGUGGCAUCGCCCAUCCGGCGAACCAUGUUUUCCAGGAGUUCCGUGUCAUGUAGAGUUACAAUACUAGUAUCCUUCAUCCAUACCAACCUGAG